UGUGUGUGUAUGUGUGCUGAGAUUCAGCCCUGGCGGGAUUCUUAAGCAGGGCCCCAUGUCUCCUGUGAACACGCCCCAGAUAGAUGAGCCAGAUAUAUAGCCAAGACCUGCGGGUAGCAGAGGAACUGUGAGAAAGAGAUAAUCGCACUUGCUCACCCCAAGGGUUACCUGUGACACCCUCGCAAUGACAAGAGGGCCCAGCGAAAGGGGGCCACGUAAAAGGAGCUUGGAGGAUACCCUAACCGGCAAUUUGUAGAGAAACAACUCACCCGAGCGUGUGCUUUUCCUUUUUUUUUUGAUGCUUUUCGUCAUUUUGGAGUUCCUUUGGAGUUACCUGGGCUGUGAUCGAUCGGAGAAUAAGCGAACCGAGUUACUCAUCAGCUCCGCAGAUCGUUGCAUGAAACUGAGAGUGGGGCCGCAAUGAGUCGGAGAACGAGACGCUGGAUUUUAAGAGUUUUACUUUGUCUGGGGAUUGUUUAUUUGAAAAUUGGUGGCUUCUCGUCGGUGGUGGCCCUAGGUGCGAGCAUAAUCUGUAACAAGAUCCCCGGUUUGGCCCCUAGACAACGGAUUAUCUGCCAGAGUCGCCCCGAUGCCAUUAUCGUCAUCGGAGAGGGAGCCCAAAUGGGCAUCAACGAGUGUCAGUUUCAGUUCAAAAACGGGCGCUGGAACUGCUCUGCGCUUGGAGAGAGGACAGUCUUCGGAAAAGAGUUGAAAGUGGGGAGCAAAGAGGCUGCGUUCACCUACGCCAUCAUCGCAGCAGGGGUGGCACACGCCAUUACAGCUGCCUGUACACAGGGCAACCUGAGUGACUGUAGCUGUGAUAAGGAGAAGCAGGGUUUCUACAGCAAAGACCAGGGCUGGAAGUGGGGAGGCUGCUCGGCAGAUAUCAGCUACGGCCUGGGCUUCUCCAAAGUAUUUAUCGACGCUCGGGAGGUCAAACAGAAUGCGAGGACACUCAUGAACCUCCAUAAUAACGAGGUGGGACGCAAGGUCCUGCAAGAGAACAUGCGACUGGAAUGCAAGUGUCAUGGCGUCUCAGGCUCCUGCACCACCAAAACCUGCUGGACUACACUUCCCAAGUUCCGCGAGCUCGGCUACAUUCUCAAGGAGAAGUAUGCCCAUGCGGUGCACGUGGAGCCAAUCAAAGCCAGCCGCAACAAGCGCCCUAAAUUCCUCAAGAUCAAGAAGCCUUACUCGUACCGGAAGCCCAUGGAUACAGACCUGGUGUACAUAGACAAGUCGCCUAACUACUGCGAGGCGGACCUCGUGACAGGGAGCUUGGGGACACAGGGCAGGGUGUGUAACAAGACUAUGAUGCAGCACAUCAGCGGCUGUGACUUGAUGUGCUGCGGCCGGGGAUACAACACACACCAGUACUCGCGUGUCUGGCAGUGCAACUGCAAGUUCCUGUGGUGCUGCUAUGUUAAAUGCAACACCUGCAGUGAGAGGACAGAGGUGUACACAUGCAAAUGAUAAUAUUUAUUGGAUGGUGUGUGUGUCUGUGUAUAUGUGUGUGUGUGUGUGUGUGUGUGUGUGUGAUGACGUAUGUGAGCGUGCGGGUUCUUGUCUUUGUGUUUUCAUGGACAAACUGGAGCUGUUGAACUUUACAAGAGGGCUGUUAUUGCAGCCUUUUCAUACAUAAUGAGGAACUACUGUACUGUGUAUACAGUAAGCUGAAGAUGGGGUGUCAUGAUUCUUUUGCACACAUAGCUCUUCACCCCUCUUCUUGGACUGUUCGUUGGGGCACAAUGUUGAAAAAGUGUGACUAAACACCGCUAAGGGAAAAACUGAACCCUGGCAUGUGGGACUGGGUACCCACGGUGUGAGCCAGAGACGCAAAUGCCAAGACUUUUAAGCUAUAUGGACAUUUAGGAAAUGGAUGUUUCCAAUGCAAAUGAAUUAUGGUGGAUGUGAUUGCUGGGCAGGACACACUGCUGUAGUUCUCACUCUGUGCGCAGAUGAAAUGACACAGCCAUUUGGAAUAUUUAACAUACUGUAUUUAGAGAAUGAAAAUAAUUAAUAUUAAUUUAUUCUAUAAAAGAAACUACUGAUUUUAUCCAUUAUGGAUCAAAAAAUGACUAAAUGUUGGGUUUUAGUUUAUUAAAGCGAAACUUGUCCACACACUUGUUAACACACUGGAUUUGAACCUGCCUGGAAUAAUGUGUCAUGUUCUGGAAUCAGAUUGUUCCAGAUGAAACUGCUGUAGGCUACUCACACUGACCUUCUGACCCUCUCAUGAGUUUGUCUUCCCUCUGUUUGCUGCUAGUCUAGAGAAUCCCACUUGUUGAGGUCGAAGGCUGUACGCUCUACUGACUGUCUUCAAUGGCGUCGCUUACUUCAAGCUGAUUGAGCUUAACAGGUCUUAGUCACUGAUCAAAAACACGGGCACAUUCUCCACUUUUGGUAAAUAUUGGUUCAUAGAGUAUAUUUUGUAAAAGCCUAUUUUUAUAUGAAUGUCUUAUUUAUAUCUUUUGCAUAUUCAAUGUCAAGUUCUGACUCUGACGCCUGUUUUUAAAUCCCUGUGGAAAAAAAAGCUGAUAUGUAAGUUGGCC